AUGGCCGGGGAUUCGGGUAUUGUUGAUGGAGUGUUGGGUACAUUAUUGAUCAUAUCUGUUAUUAUCAAUGUUGGUUUGGUUGUAUAUUUUACAAGGAAAAUGAAAUCCUUGUCAUCUACACCAAGAGAAAAUAAUUAUGAUGGUAUAACUAAUACAGGACGAGAUCAAACAUUACCAACUUAUGAUUUUCUACAAGUUAAUUCUACUGCUAGUUCUGAUCAUGUUAACAAGACUAGACCAGAUAGUAGUCAUACUUAUUAUAAUACAAAAGGAGAAUCUUUAUCACGUAAUAUUGAUCCCUAUUAUGAGAAUAUGAAAAAACCUUAA